CACUGAUUGGUAGCACUGAUAGGUGGCACUGACUGGCAUUGAUAGGUGGCACUGACUGGCACUGAUAGGUGACACUGAAAGGCAACUCAGAUGAGCACUGAUAUGUGGCAUUGAUGUGCACUGGUAGGCACUGAUAUGUGGCAUUGAUGUGUCAGUGAUGGGCACUGGCAGGUGGCAUUGAUGAGCACUGACAGCUGGCAUUGAUGGACACUGACAGGUGGCACUGCUGGGGCUACACUGAUCAUCAGGGCACACUAAUCAUCAGUGCCCUGAUGUUCACUGUCAGCGUGACAGCUCAUGAGGAGAGAAAUGCCGAUAACCGGCAUUUCCCUAUUUACAUGCGAUCAGCUGUG